AUGGAUCGCCAUUCAACUACUACACAAAGCGACCUGGAGCGCAUGCUAUGUGAUGAAAAGGUAGAACCGAAGGCCCUUCCAUUAUCGCUGCUGGAGGAUAUCACCAACCGAUUUUCUGAGGAGCGGGAAAUUGGUAGAGGUGGGUUCGCAGUGGUCUAUAAGGGAGUGCUUAAGAAUGGUGCGGCAAUUGCUGUGAAGAGACUAUCUAAGACAUAUAUGUGCGAGAAAGAAUUCCACCGAGAGGUUGAAUGUCUGAUAAAGGUGAAUCACAAAAAUGUGGUACGGUUUAUUGGAUAUUGUGUCGACUCACAAGGGAGAGCAGAAAGCUACAAUGGAAAAUUUGUCAUGGCAGAUGUAGUACAAAGAUUGCUCUACUUUGAGUACCUACCUCAUGGAACUCUUGAUAAAUAUAUCACUGAUGCAUCUACUGGACUUGACUAG